AUGAGCUUCCCACCGGAUGACCUCAAGGAGUUGCUGGAGCGCAUCUCUAAUAUCCUAAUACGGAGAAAUGAAACCAUAGCCGUUUCGGAGGGCGCGUGUGGAGGACUACUCGCUGCGUACCUGGUAUCGAUUCCAGGCGCCUCGAAGUUUUUUGAUGGAGGGAGACUUCUAUAUAGUCUUAAAUCGCGACUCAGACUUAGCGGAUGGGACUCCAAGGAUAUUUCUCUAUACACUGUGCCCAGCGAAUCUGGGGCUUUGAAAAUGGCCAGGAAUCUGCGGAUCGAGCUCGGUUCCACCUACGUUUUGUCAGAGACAGGCAUUGCUGGGCCAUCUCAUUCGAUGGCUGGGGAUGGCGAUGGGAGUUUGAGCCAGAAUUCAAUAGAUCUGGGGACAGUGUACUUUGGAUUCUGGGGCCCCAACGGUGAGGAGUCUUGCACGAUGCACACGGGGCUUUCGGAAAGAUCUCAGAAUAUGCAGCAGUUUGCACGACUUGGCUUGCAGUUCUUGUUGAGCGUUUUGGAGAAGCAGUAA